AUGGGAAGAAACGAUACACAACUGACCCAUUUUUUCCUUCUCGGAUUUGAUCAUCUUCAGAGCCUCACUAUUUUCCUCUUCAUUCUCUUUCUUAUUAUUUAUAUACUGACGGUAUUUGGAAAUGUUUUGAUCAUUGGCUUAGUGACGGUUAGUCAACGUCUCAAGUCACCAAUGUUUUUCUUUCUCAGAAACCUUUCAUUAUGUGAAAUAAUCUUCACUACAAAUAUUGUACCCAAAAUGCUCCAAGUUAUAUUAGAAGGGGGAAGCAAAAUAUCCUUUGAGGGGUGUGCCCUUCAGUUGUACUUUUUUGGUGGAGCAGGGACAGCAGAAUGUCUCCUUCUUACCUCAAUGUCAUAUGACCGGUAUUUGGCUAUCUGCAAGCCCCUACAUUACUCCACCAUAAUGAACUUUAAAUGUCACCUUUGCCUUGUUGUCUUCUGCUGGACAGCAGCCAUCAUUCUACCUGCCAUCUCAGUCUCUAUGAUUUUCAAUUUAUACUACUGUGGCUCGAAUGUUAUUGACCAUUUCUUUUGUGAUCUUGCCCCACUACUAGAGCUCUCUUGUUCAGACACUUCCCCUGCAGAAUUUGAAGUGUUUGUACAAACAAUCCCAGUAUUUGUGUUCACAUUUAUCUAUAUUAUGGCAACCUAUAUCUGCAUUUUCAUUGCUAUUGUGAAGAUGCAAUCUACAAUGGGAAGGCAGAAAGCUUUCUCAACAUGCAGCUCCCACCUCACCGUUGUCAGUACAUAUUAUGGAACCAUGAUCUCUUUAUAUGUAACCCCAAGAGGUCGCCAAUCUGUGAAGGUUAACAAAACCCUCUCUCUUCUGUACAGUGUGGUCACUCCAUUGCUAAACCCAAUUAUUUAUAGCCUACGGAGCGGUGAAAUUAGGAAGGCCCUUGAGUCUGUUAUUUUCAAUAAAAAAAAGACUAAAAAGGUGCAUAAUAACUCAAAUCACUUUCGAGAAAAUCUGUGGGCUGAUUCAGAAAAGGUUGUUUUGUGCUGUGAUCAGCAAAAGACAGAUUCAUCAUAA